ACACUUAUUGGCACCUAUUGAUAAUUACUUGCGAAUUUUAAAAUAGUUUCUUAACUUUUAACGAUAUAAAACUAGCUACAUUAAAUUCGGAAAACUUCAACCGAAAGAAGUAAAAAUGCUUUAUUCUAUGUGAUAUUAUUAAAAAUUAUAACAGAUUGUCUAUAUUAUUACGCAUUUCAUUAGCAUUAAAAAUAUAUUAAGCAAAAUUUAUAAUGUCUUUUUUAUUAGCCGACUGCAUUAUAAUGGCAAAUUAAUUUAGCGUUGGCCACCUUUGAAAAUAUAGUUUUAAAUAUUCCUUUCUAAUUUCUCUAUAUAGAGGACAAACAAGUACAAAGUGACACUCGUUGUCUAUAGCGUGUCCGUUGCAAAACUUACAUUUUCUAUUUUCGCGUAGUAUCUUAUUAUAACGACCGCGUUUGAUCUCUAAUUUCUCUAUAUAGAGGACAAACAAGUACAAAGUGACACUCGUUUUCUAUAGCGUGUCCGUGGCAAAACUUACCUUUUUUAUUUUCGCGUAGUAUCUUAUUAUAACGACCGCGUUCGAUCUCUAAUUUAUGUGACAAGUAUGAGGCAAAACAAUACACCACCUCCGAGUUCCCGGCCAAGGUCGGUCAAGUGUACGGUGUUGUGCUGGAGUAAUGCACAUGUAUAUUGUUUAAAUUUUGUUGUAUUUUGUCACGUUCACUGUACAUUCUAUGCAUUUUUUUAAAUGUAUUUUUUGUAAUCAAGAAAAUAAAAAAAGUUCACACAUGUUUUAUGUCGUACGCCAUUUGAUUUAAUAGAAAAUAGAAUUCACAUGUUAAACAAUAGUAUUAUGUAAUUGGAAUUUAAUGAAAUUAUGUAUAUUUUGUAAUAAAGACUGUAACCGAUGUAUACAAAGUCAAAUUUUAAAGAAAAUUGCACCGAUUUGUAUUAAAAUGGAAACAAUAUCGAACAUAAAAUUAAUCUUAAAGUAUUUUACUCACGAUAGGGGAUUUAAAGGUUGCGAGGAGUUUUGGGGUUUGAUGUAAGCUACACCGUACACUAUACUUUUUCACUUACAGACACUUUCCGAGUGUAUUCUAUGUUAGGAAGUAAGAGAGGCUCUUGCAUAAAUCCAGUUAUGGAGGAAAGUGUCGUCCUUGAUUAGCCUAUGCAAACUGCACUGGCUAAUCUGGGACAACACUUUACGCACAUGCAUUAAACCCCGUUUUCACAGAGCGAGACUCAUAUUCUUAUAUUAUCAAUAAAAUUUGGUAACACAUGUCGUGUUCAUAUGGCACAAUUUCUACAUAGGCCACAGCCCCCCAGGUUGACGACGACGACGAUGCCGGUGACGCGGUUCGUGCAGUAUUCCCAGGCCGGGACAUGAAGGGCUGUGCCUUCCAUUGGAGCCAGGCAGUGUGGAGACGGGUCCAGCAUGAGGGCCUGGCUGAGGUCUACAGACGUCGCGGUGGCGUUUUCAAAUUUAUCCGCAUAUGAUGGCUUUACAAUUCCUUCCCGCUCCACACAUUCCACGUGCCUUCGAGACGCUAUUCGAGAGGGCAACGACAGACGCGACACGCCGCCUGGUCGACUACAUCAGCCGGCAGUGGGUCCACGGCGGGUCCUUUGAACCAAGUGACUGGUCUGUCUUCCGACAGGACGUCCGUACCAACAACGACCUUGAAGGUUACCACAACCGCCUGAAUGGGAAAGCCGGCAGCGGUGUCGGUUUCUACCGACUAGUUCCUCAUCUCAGACAGGAAUCUGAAAUGGUGAGGCUUCUCGUUGGAGGCAGCAACCUCCACCGGAUCACCACAACGCGAUCGGCAAAAGUUCAGAAGUUCCUGGUUUCCCUCUGGGACAAGUACGAGGCGAGAGAGUUCUCUGAGUUCCUGGCCAAGGGCGGUCAGGCGUACGGCGUUAUGCUGGAUUAAUGAACAUGCAUUUUGUCACGUUGACUGUGUAUUGUUUGUAGUUUUUCUUGUACAUGUAUAUUUCAUUAUGUAGUUAUGUUGUAAAUUAUGUUGUAUUUUAUCACGUUGACUGUACAUUGUCUGUAUUUUUUUCUCGUACAUGUAUUUUUUGUAAUAAAGAAUAUAAAAAAGUGCAUUCAUAAUGUAGCACUCCAUUUUGAUUUAAUAGAAAAUAUAAUUCACAUGUUAAACCAUAUUACUAUAUAAUUUAAAUUAAUUGAAAAUAUGUAUAUAUUGUAAUAAAGACAAAAAAAAACAUUUUUAAGAAUAAUAUGAUGUAAUGAUGUUGUAUUUUGUCAGUGUGACUGUAUA